UUUGGGUGGGAAAAGAGAGUGAGAGAAAGAUUUUUUUGGGACCAUUUCUUAUUGUUGGUUAAGGUGCAGUUUGAAAAUGGAUGAGGGACAUCACAAAUUCUCAACAGAAGGAAAGCUAAUCAAACGACGUCCAGAUCGUAAUGCUGAGUACAGGAGUAAAGAAUUUCGGUAUAGAUCCAGAGAUGGUGUGAGCCCUUUGAGAAGUCCACUUCAGCCAAAGAAAGACCACUGCAACAGAGCAAACAAGGAGACCACUGAAUCACGAGACAGAAACAGAAGACCUUUAUGGAAAAAUAUAGAAUUCUCAGAAAAGGUGCAAAAUGAGGAUUUCCCACCAUUACGAAAAGACAUAUGUUACACACCUGAAGCUACUGAUUUAAGGAGCCAAACAAGGGUUAGAGAUUGGGCUGAAGAAAUGGAGAUCAGGGACCGUGAACAAUCAAUGCACAAGGGUAGAAGGAAACUUCAGCUGUAUGGGGAGGAGUCAAGGCAACAGAGAUUUGAAAGGGAAAUUGACCGAUCUGUCUUAGAACGACGCCAGAAGGCCAUUGACUAUGGCAAAAAUACCCUAGCCUAUGACAGAUACAUACGAGUGGUGCCCAAAGCCCAGAGAUUAAAGACACAUCCAAGAACUCCCAAUAAAUACAGAAAGUGCAGCCGUCGUUCUUGGGACAGUCAGGUACGCCUGUGGCGUAUAGCACUCCACCAGUGGGACCCACCUAAUGCUGAUGGAACCAUUGCACCACACAGGAAUCCUUCUCUACUGGACACUUCUUCAGAGAGUGCGUCCGACUGUGGCGAUGUUCAUUUGAGCUCACUCUCUCUGUCGCAGCCAUCUGAGCACGACUCAGAUGCUGAUUCUGAAAUAUCCUCUACCUCAACUGAUGUCUUAAGGAGGCCACAGAAAUUUACUGCUCUGGUGGACAAAGAGAAUGCUGAUCAGUUGAAUGAAUCUGAUUUAGAGAUGGAUGUUAACCUCACUCUGGAGUGAUGAAGCUCACCGUGGGGGGUGAAGCACAUGGUAUGCAUCUUCUUAAACAUCUUGGACAAGGAUCUGUUGACUGAAUGAGUGAUUGUAUGAUGUGCGAUAUGAAUUAAUAGUCUUAAUACAAAGUGAAUUUAUCAUGGUUUAUAAGAGUUGUUGUUUGUUUAUCAGCAAAAUUUUGCAUAGAUCUGUGAGUUUUGAAAGCUUUUGUCUUUUCAAUUCAUAUCAUUUAUAGUACCUUAGAAAGGAUGGUAAAUACCUUGCAAUCCAAUCAAAUUGCCUUGUGUAUUGUAAAAGUUGUACUUUCAUUUUCACUUUUCAAUUGAUGAUAUUGUAAAUGUCCAUGUGAAGUUCAGUGUGCACCAAUGAGGUCAUAGGAAAGUUCACAGACAAUCAGUGGAGUGAGAGUGUCCAAUGAAAAGUGAACAUGAUCAUUAGUGCUACUAGUGUAUUUAUCUUAAAUUCCCUGUUUAUUUCGUCAUGUGAUCAUCUUAAUUCAUUUUCAUUGUCUAGAUUAAGAUAUUUAUGAAGAUUUAGAUGUGUGUGAUCUAUUCAGUCAUUUAUAUGUUGUUUGGAUAUUCCUGAUUGUAAUCUGAAUGUAAGGUUUUCAGAAGUUUGCUUGUUGACAUAUAUAUAUUCAUAAAGAUUUAAUAAUUGUGAUGGUAGAUAUAUAAUUUGUAAUACCAAACAAAACAGCUCUAAAACUAUUCAUAUGAGUUUUCUUUGCACAUUUGACACUUAAUGUAUUCAGCCUACUCAGGAUCCAAGUCUUUCCAAAGCAUUCUUGAUGAUUUAUUUCUUUUGUCGUCAACAGUUUUUAAAAGGCAGCAUGCUAUUUUAACAUGGUUUUCAUCAACAUAUUUUUAAAUGCACCAUUUGUCAUCUUUUAAGUUUUAAUAAAAUUGUGCAUCUCUUCAUAUGUACGAGUACUCUGUUUCUUCUGAAAACAUAAUUUUGUGUACCAUUUUAUGAAAAUUUUGAAGGCAAACUCCAAUUGUUGUCCGUUUUUCUGCUGUGUAAAUUAAUAGUUGAAUAAAUUUAUACUCUCUGUAA